CCAUCCGCGUUUGAUAUCGCUUCGAUGGCCGACGUUCUUGCUCCGCUGCUGCUGCUGCUGCUGCUCGAUGUCUGCUGAUUGCAAAGGAAAAUCAAAAAAUACGACGAACGAAAUCACACAAAAAAACUUGAUCUCGUCGCGGUGUUGUUUCCUUUGGUGCGGCGGUGUGUGCGUGUGCGACCAUUAACCUGCGGAUUUUUUUUUGUAUGGUGCUCCUCGCUGGGCUGGGUAUAGUGCGUGGUAAAAGUGCAACACUAAAAAUUAAAUUCCCUCCUGGAAGAACUCCGUUUUGGGGGCGAAAUCCGUGACAAAAGUGUGCUGAAUCUGGUGCGUUUUGCGAACGGGACUGUGGAUAGACCGCGGCGGCGACGACCGAGUGCUAUCGAUUCGGUGGAAAAUUUUUGGCCCUAGUGCGUGUGUGUGAUUUUUUUUUGUAUUUUGGUUCUCCGUCGUCGAUUUUCAUUUCCUCCUUUUGUGUAACCUUUGGAUCCUCCGGGGCGCGGUGCCUAUUGACCGUCGGAACUGAUUCUUCGGGUGUUCCGUUAGUAGAAGGACUAUUGUUUAUUCAAACAUCUUCGGGAUCCAGCACCGUAGGAUUGUGAUUGUGAAAGUGCUUGCUGGACGUGACGAUUUUGGAAGCAGGAGCACUUCAAUGAGAACGGAAGAUUAAAGAGCUGGAACAAUAAUUUUGAAUACGGAAAGGCAUCGACGGAAGGAAAGGAUACGAAGAUGUUUAAUGCGGGGGAAUCGUUUGGGCAUCUGUUCAAGAAAAAUGAACCGUUAGAUUCCCUCAACAACUUUGCCACCUCCUCGCAUUCAAUAGACAGAGAAAACUACCCGCGCGUUCUGGAUCACAUCAUCCACACGCAGCCGUACGUACUGAGCCGGGACUACAAGGAGAUCUUGAGCACCCUAGACGUCGUGUCCGCCGAUUCAGAGGUAUGCGUUCGGUCGAGCCUAUCGUCAUGGCUGCAGCGGUUAUGCGUGAGCUGCCUGGACCGGGAACAGAACGUCGACAGCGACUUCGGUCGCUCGGUGGUGGAGAAAGUGCUGAACAUCACCAUGCGGUACCUGGCGGAUGAAACGGGGGUCCGCUGCGGUGCCUUCGAGACGCUGAGCUACCUCAUCGAGAAGGGCUUCCUGGACAAGGCGACCACGGAGAAAGUGGUCUGCCCGGUGGUGGAGACGCUGAGCCGCAAACCGUUGGAAACCUUCGACGAGGAACUGUACGCCAUCUUCAUCCACCUUAUGGUAAAAAUCGUGCCGAUCGUCGGGUACGCCAAAACCUACGAGCUGGUGUACGAUCGCUUCCUGGAGAUGUGCCGCUGCAAGGAGCACUUUGUUCGACGGGAGUGUGCUACCGCGUUUCCGGUCAUGUGCGAAGUCCUUGGCAACGAACUGUUCGAGAAAACCAUGCUACCCGUCUUUAUGAAACUUUGCGACGAUGAAAUCUGGACGGUGAGGCGAGCUUGUGCCGAGGCGAUGCCCAUCAUGGCCCUGCUCUGCACACUCGAGAAGCGUCGUAAGGUGCUGGUUCCGGCGAUGAAAAAGUUCAUGUUCGACCCCAGUCAGUGGGUGAUCGUGGCUGCGCUGAAAUAUCUCGGUCAGUUCUUGACCACCUUUACCCAGCUGCGCGUCCUCGGGCUGGCCUACAACAGUAACCAGGAGCUCACGUUGACAAAUGCGGCUGACUAUAUGUCGUUGCGCCAGUUGGACACCCGUCGGGUGACGUACGGAAAUCAACCGUCGGCCGAUGUGCUACUGAAGAACUUCGAGUGCUACGAAAAGCGCUUCAAAGAUUCGAUUCAGCGGUACGCGCUGUUGUCGCUGGUGAAAUCCAAUGAGGAACCGUGGAAGGCCCGCGGAGACGAUGCGAUCAACGUGGAGGUGUACCUGUACUCGAUCGUCUACGCCGAUCGUCGAUCUCAGCGUUUGUCUACGGGGUCCAACUCGGACGACGGAGGCAUUUCGAAAAUUUCGGACUUCUCCUACAAAUACUACGUACGGAAAUCGCUGUCGUCGACUUCGCUGUGCUCGCCUCCACCGGUGCAGUUGCACCGCGGAACACGGAACUACGAUGAGAAAAAUCCGUUGAAUCGCUUUCUGCGGUACUGUUCGCCAAUGAAGAACAACUUCAUUGAUAUAUUUUCCAAACAAAGUAGUGCGGGGUCUGGGAGAGAUAUGGAUCCUGAAGACUAUCAUGGAUUUUGGGGGCCUGAAGAUGAUGAUUAUUCGUCGCCAACUUUGAGGAUGAAGGGAUUUGGCAGUGAUCUCGAUGGUUCGGAUGCUGGAGCAGACGGAGGAGGAUCGGGUAGCGGCAUGGGUGGUGACACUACGGGCAGUAACAAGCCCAAUCCACCUGUGCCUGAAACCAAUGAUAAGAAAAAGUCUUCCGGUCACUUCGAGGAAUCCUCGUCCGACGACGAAUCCGUGGAUCAGAGCUUUAACUCGCAUCAAUUCUGGUACAUCAGCCCGGAACUGCCACUAGAACUAGACUUCAUCGACGAGGAUGCGUCCAGCACUACCAAGGAUACCGCCAGCAGUGCCAAACGUUCGGAUAUAAGCAAUAACAACGCCACCGCCGCCACUGCCCCGAUCGCCACGACCGAGCUGGAAUCGCACGAAGACAGCAAAAACAACAACUCCAAGCUCAGUCUUUCGGCGACGGAGAAAACCUCGACUUCUGCUAUUGUCGCUCAGGAAAAUGACCCCACGAACGAUAGUGAUUCAUCAUACGGUAGUAUCAACAACAACUCCGAACCAGAGAACCGUCUCGAAUCGGACAUGGAUCGGUACUGCCCGGAAUUCAAUCUAUCAACCAAACAGCAGCAAACGAAGCAAAAACAGCAGGAGGAGUUCAACCGAUUGAAACAGCAACAGCAGCAAGAAUUCAACCGAUUGAAGCAACAGCAGCUGGAUCAUGUUACUGCCGGUGUGGCCGCCCUCGCGAUAGGAAAAGAAAGCGAACGGAUCAAGGACAUCAUCAAGUGGCAGAACGAGGAGGUCGAGUGGAACCUGCUGGAAGACUUUGUGCACAUGAGGAACAUCAACAAGGAGCUCUGUUUCGAGUGCGCGUACAGCUUCCCGGCGAUCGUGUUGACCUUUGGCGAAAAAUUCUGGCCCAUUCUGAGCAGCCACUUCUUCGUCCUGUGCAACGACAUUCAGAACACUGUUCGCCGAACAAUGGCCGCCUCGAUCAGCCAGAUCGCGCUCAUCAUUGGCCGAGAGCAGGCCACCCGAGAUCUGGUGGCACCGUACACCGAAUUCCUGAUGGACUCGGACGAGAUCAAGAUCGAAGUGGUGAACACACUGGCGGCGUUCCUUAAGGUGAUCGACGGAAGCGAGCACGAAACGCUGAUGGAUCAGCUCAGUCUGUGCUUGCAGCCGCCGCUCAUCAUGAUGAAUUGGCGCUUCCGCGAGGCCGUCGCCCGCCAGAUAGUGCAACUGGUGCGGAUGCACACCAAGAUUCGGAAGGAGAACUGCCUGCUGUACCUGACUGGGUUGGCGAUGCGGUUGAUGAUCGAUAAGUACGAUUUUGUGCGGAAGGCUGGUGUGGAUGCGUUUGUGCAGUGUUCCCGGGAGUUCCAAAAGAACGAGUCUGUGUUCAAAUUCUUUACGGAAAACUUUGCUCUUAGUUCGAAUUGGCGUCGUCGGCAGACGUACAUCAUAGCGGCAGGGAAAUUCCUGGAAAACGAGAGCGUAGAGGUGGAAACUUUCCGCAAACAUGUUUUCAAAAAUAUACUCGCGCUGGUCAACGAUGUGGUGCCGAAUGUUAGAAUACAAGUAGCGAAGUGCCUCAAGGAUAUCAUUCUGCUACAUCCGAGCUUUUCGCCUACCUGCCCGGACGCGGACACCAUCGAGCAGACGUUAACCAAAUUGCGUGCCGAUCCGGACCGUGACGUCCGCGGUCACACCGAUGGCUACCUCAACUCGGAGGAGGAGGACGCGAUAGCGGCCGGUGCUCCGGAGACGACCGCCAAUGCCUCCACGAUCGAGACGGCUUCGACGUCGUCGACGUCCUCGACCUCGUCACUGUCGCCGCCUCCCACAGACGAGGGUACGCUAAAAUUUAGUCCGGAGGAGGAGGAUGAGCUAAGGCAAAUGAUGGCUAAGAUCAAAUGGGACGAGCCUGGCCCUUUCUCGAAUAAUUUUUGAGCUUGGCUUCCAGCGAGUGUCGGCGGCGACAGGGAGACCGUCGUGGCUGGUUUUCCGUUGUUUAGGCACUUAUUAACAAAGGGACAAACUUACCAUCCACCUAGGUUCGUUUGCUAUUUUAUCCUAGUUGCAAUUAUAGUGUUUUCCUCUUUUAUUUUGUAACGAUCAAGUUCGUGAUUGUUGGACCGGCGCUGUUGUGAACACAGAAAGCCGCGAUUUAUCCCAAAUCGACCCUAUUGUACUUUCUUUAGAAACUAAUUGUAUAAAAUGAGAUGAUUAAAAAAAGGCGCAGUUUAGGACUGAUCGUUAGUAUAGCUCGUAAUGUGAGUGCAAAUUAGACAAAAGAAACUAUUUUACAAUUACGGUGCACUAUCCGACACCGAGUUUCACGCGAAAAUUAAACUCAUUUUUCUUUUUUUAUCCGUAAGCAAAAGUACAACUUUGAGAUUUAGCUAAGGCGUAAGAGUAGGAAGAAGUGUAUCACCGAAUAUGGUUCUACCUACACUAGAUGUGACUACACUCAAACAUCUUUACGGCAGAAUUUUUAAUUCAACUGAAAUUCAAAAUUGUUCGGUUCAAUUUCAUUAUUAGCAAAUCAAUUCUGAUAUGGUGGCAGCACAUGGGAAGGAUAUUUUUUUACGUUCCUUAUUACAUGUCGUAAAAUGAAAUUUGGUGUAUUUUAAAAACAUGGCAAAAUCGUUUAUAGAAUUCCCCUUGGGGCAAACAUCGAUCACCUAACAGUUUCCAAUCUACAUCCACUAGACUGGGUUCUGUCUCUGCCAAAAACCAUGCCUUUCCUCUGGCAUGUACAGUGCAUAAUUUCUACCAUCCUUCUCGUUCAGUUGUCCAAAGAAUUUCCAAAAAUCAUGCAUGAAUAACAGCAAUAAAGAUGAGAAGGCCUUCCAAAUUUUAGCAAACAUGCCGUAAAAGAAGGUUAGAGUGUAUCACAAAUUACUUAUAACAGACUGCUAUAGGAUCAUUUUUUUUCAACACGUUCCAACAAUUAUACAAAUGCACACGAUAUAAAACACCGAGCAGAAACAGUUGACUUGGUAAUGGUCAUUUUCAAAUUAUACUUUCGAUCUGUUUUCGGACAGUGAUCUCCGCUGAGUCAAUUUUAAGACCAUUGAAGUGAAAGUAUAGUUGGAGAAAGAACGCAUCAAGUCAACUCGCAGUAAAAUAGUUAUUAUACACAUUACACACAGACAGUAUAGUUAAUCCAUUUACAGGCAAAGUUUAGUUUACUUCAAUUAUAUUCAACAGAACAGUAUGCAACCGCUAUAUAGAAAUAGAAGUAGAGCGAGUAUGCAAGGGACGCAACGGACAAGACUCUACCAUCGUAUUGAAAAAAUAGAAGUAAAAAAACGAGAGAAACAUUCUCUCAAACGCGCUGUUGUUGAUCAGUUUCCAUUUACAGAAGAAGAACAUGAUGCUGCUACAAUGAUCUACAUUCAACAUACAAACGUGUGGUUUAGCGAGAUGGAGAUCGUCUAUCUGCGCUAAUAGAAAACAAAAAAAAAGCGGGCGCUUUAGUUGAAUAACUGCGCGCUAUACCAUUGUUUUGUACAUUUUAUAGGUCUUAUAUAUGCGCUGCACUCCUAGGAGCCCCCUGAUCCAUUAAAGAAGGGAGAUCGUAGAACAAUAAAUACGAAGUUAGAGAAUAAUCAA